GGUGAAACAGUAGAAAUGGGGAAUUAUGUGGCAUUUCGGCGUCGCUGUUAACAGUCUGGAACCUCCGUGGAAGCGUCUGCAUUCAAGGUAAACGAAGCUUUCCCAACCUCCAGAACCAGGACUGCCUUUUAAGUAAGAGACGCACAAUGCCCAACUGGGGAGGAGGCAACAAGUGCUCGGCGUGCCACGGAACGGUUUACCAUGCCGAGGAGGUGCAGUGUGACGGGAAGAGCUUCCAUAAAUGCUGCUUUCUCUGCAUGGUCUGCAGGAAGGGUCUAGACAGCACCACGGUGUCCAUCCACGACCAGGAGAUCUACUGCAAGUCGUGCUACGGGAAGAAAUACGGACCGAAAGGCUACGGCUAUGGUCAGGGAGCGGGGACGCUCAACAUGGACCGAGGCGAGCGGCUGGGAAUCAAACCUGAACAGACUCAGACUCACAAACCUACAACCAACCCCAACCCGUCCAAAUUUGCCCAGAAGUUCGGCGGGUCGGAUAAGUGUGCGCGGUGCGGAGACUCGGUCUAUGCAGCUGAGAAGAUCAUGGGGGCAGGCAAGCCGUGGCACAAGAACUGUUUCCGUUGUGCAAAAUGCGGCAAAAGCCUGGAGUCCACUACUCAGACUGAAAAAGACGGAGAAAUUUACUGCAAAGCUUGCUACGCCAAGAACUUUGGCCCCAAAGGGUUCGGCUACGGCCAAGGAGCCGGCGCUCUGGUCCACGCUCAGUGAUGCCACUCCCCUCCAUCUCCAACUUGAAUACUUUCUGACUGCUUAGUUUCCUGAUGUCUUGUUGUGCUAAAAAAGAUGUGCCAUUCUAAAUAAACACGUAAACCAAA